AUGAAAGCUACCGUCUCCCCUAAUAGAACAUUUAGGGGCUCGUCCGCCUCCAUUCGCUUGUUGUGCUGCGUCGCUGCAGCAGCUGCAACUGCUGCAGCACCUUCUGUAGCAGCAGCUGCAGCUAAAGAACGAACCAUUGGAGCAUCACCAUCUGCAGCAGCGCCUGUUGUAGCACCUGCAGUAACACCUGCAGCAGCAGCAGCAGCAGCAGCGGCAGAUCCGCUUGCAUUCAGCUCCUCGCAUUUGUCUGUAGGGUCUCCUUUAAUGCUUGAAUGGAGACACCAACAGAAUGAGCAGCACCUGCUGCAGCAGAUGCAACAGCACCUGCUUCAGCAGCAGCAGCGGCAGCAGCGGCAUGUGCUGCAGUCUAUUUUUAGCAGAGUUGUAGCGGUGGUUUCAUGUGCAGCAGUCGUGUUUAUUAUGUUGAGGUGUCUUCAUGAGUUUUUCUCUCUUGAUAAAUCCAGCGGGAUACCAGCAACACGAAAACUUGCAGCUAAACAAGCAGGAGAGCCGCUGCCUGUUUCUUGUGAUGCUGCUGCUGCUGCUGCACAAGACGAACCGGCGGACAGAGAGAGACCUGAUAAUGAGGAAGACAAAGAGGAAGAAAAAACAGCUGCAGGAGCAGCAGAAGCAGCAAAUGAAGGAGAAACACCGGAAGUGGAGGAAGAAACAAAAGGAGAAGAAAUAAAAGAAAGACAAAACGUACAAGAAAAAGAAAAAGAACAAGGACAAGGACAAGGACAAGAACAAGAACAAGAACAAGAAGAGCAAGAAGAAGAACACGAAGGAGGCGAAGACGAACAAGAAGAACAAGAAGAAGAACAAGAAGAAGAACAAGAAGAAGAAGAGCAAGAACAAGAAGAACAACAACAAGAACGAGAACACGAACAAGAAGAACAAGAACGAGAACACGGACAAGAAGAACAAGAACAAGAAGAACAAGAAGAACAAGAAGAACAAGAACAAGAGGAAGAAGAACAAGAACAAGAACCAGAGGAAGAACAAGAACCAGAGGAAGAAGAAGAACCAGAACGAGAAACAGAAACAACAAAAGGAGAUGAAGAUGGAGACGAAGAAACAGAAAAAGGAGAAAAAGAAGAGGAAAAGGGAGAAAAAGGAAAGGAAGACUACAGAGCAGAAACAAUAGCAGCAGCAGAAGAAGCAAUGGCAGAGAAAGAAGAAGAAAACGAAGAAGAAGAUAAUUAUGACAGUGAAGAAGCAAAAGAAGAGGAAGAGAUGAAAGGAGAACAAGCAAAUCAAUUAGCAGCAGCAUCAGCAGCAACAGCAGCAGCACCAGCAAUAGUAGCAGAAACAGAAGAAGAAGGAAUACUAUUUCUUCACACGUUGGAGGCUGUUGUUUAUCUUUUUGUUGAUUUUGUUCCUUGGCUGCGGCGCCAGCAGAGAAGUAGGGCAUUAGAAUUCUUUGCAGCUUUGGCACAAGAGAUAGCUGUCUUAGGGGUUUAUUCUUCUCCUCGUUUAGAAAAGAAAAGACAGGAAAGCGUUACUGUUAUACUUCGUCAAGGCUAUCACCUCCUAGGUACACUUAAAAGGGAAGGCCACAGCAAAAGAGCACUGAAAAGAGCAGAGGUUAUGCUUAAAAUGAUACAAGACCUCGCAGACCCCCCUCCAAAAAAAAGCAGCAGCAGCGGCAGCAGCAGCAGCAGCAGCACCAGUAUUAGCUGCAGUAGCAGCAGUAUCGCCUGUGGCGCCUCGAGUAGCAGCGGCAUCAGCACCGACAGCAGCAGAAGCAGCAGCAGCAGCAUGGAUGCUCAUUCCGCGACGUUGUUGCAUGAAGAGUUAGUAAUUGCGAAGGGAGGGCUUGGGGAGCUCCUGAAUAUGCUGCAGGAGCUGCAGCAGCUGCAGCAGGAGCAGCAGCAGCAGCAGCAGCAAAAUAUAUCGGAUUUAAUAGAGGCACUCCCUGAAGAUCUGGGAUUUAUAGUAACUGAUUUAAUCUUUCAAACAAGACACAGAAGAGCUAGAAGAAUACGUAUGCAUGCAGAAGUUUGUAGCUGGGUAGAACGAAUACAAAGUAAACAUACGAUAGGGAUUUUCUAUCGAUCUCCCUUUGAAAAAAAGCAUAAAUACUCUCAAACACUUCGUCAAGAGCUGCAGGGGCAAACUUAUAUCUUUGGGAAACUACGAAAAAAAUUUUAUGCUGCUCUUGCAGCAUAUACAGCCUCCAAAAAUCUAAAAGCAACUGCGCAGCAGCAGCAGCAGCAGCAGCAGGAGUCCCCGCAGUUGGGGCAAUUGCUGUCUAUGUUGGAGAAGUUGCAUCAGAAGUGGGAGCUGAAGCAGCAGGAGCAGUCGCAGCAGCAGCAGCAGCAGCAGAAGCAGAAGGACUAUGCGAAGCCAAGGCGGAGGCCGAUCCCACGUCUGUUGCAGCAACGGAAGCAGCAGCAACAGCAGCAACAAGAGCAAGAAGAGCAGGAAGGGGAGCAGUAUCAAGAGCCGUUGCAGGGCCCACCGCUGGUGCAGGAGCAGCCGCUGCACCAGCAAGAGCAGCAGCAACAGCAGCACCAGCACCAGCACCAGCAAUGGCAGCAACAGCAGCAUGAACAGCCUUCGCAGCAGCCAUGGCAGCAUUUGCACAGGCAGCAGCUGCAGCAGCAGCAGGUGCUGCAGGUGCAACAACCGCAGUUGCAGCAGGGACGACAGUCACUGCAUAUUCGGCAGCAAAAGCAGCAGAAGAGGCACCACGUCCAGCAGCAACGGAAAUGGCAGCAGCAGCAGCUACAGCAAUGGCUGCAGCACGUGCACCACCAGUGGGUGCAGCAGCUGCAGCGGCAGUGGGUGGACUAUCGUGAGCAGCAGAAGCAGCAACAGCUGCAGCAGCAGUGGGAGUUGCUGCAGAAGCAGUGGGAGGCGUGGCAACAGCAAGAUGAACAACAAGAACAACAAGAGCAGCAGUGGCAGCAGCAGCAGAAGCGGCGAAGGGCGUUGCAGCUGCAGCGGCAAUGGGAGGUGCAGCGGCAGCAGCAGCAGGAGCAGCAGGAACGACGAAUGGCUGUGCAAGAGGCGCAGCGGAAACGGCAACGGCAGUGGAUGCAGCAGCAGCAGCUGCAACGGGAGUUGCAACAGGAGCAGCAACAGCAGGAACAGCAUUUGCUGCAGCAGGAACAGUGGCAAUGGACAUUUCAGCAGGAUCUGCAGGAACAGCAGCAGCAGUGGCUGCUGCAGGAUGAUCCAUGGGAGUUGCAACAUGAGCAGCAGGAACAGCAGCAGCAGCAGCAGUGGCUGCAACAGGAAUGGGAACUGCUGCAGGAGGAGCAGCAGGAAUGGGAGCUGCUGCAGGAGGAGCAGCAAGAAUGGCAGCUGCUGCAGCAGGAGCAGCAGGAAUGGGAGAUGCUGCAGGAGGAGCAACCAGAAUGGCAGCUGCAGCAGCAGCAACUGCAGCAGCAGCAACAGGAGCAACAGCCGCAGCAGCAGCAGCAUCAAGCCCGCCAUCUCAGUUGUGGUUCACUGAGGAACUCUUUUGGCUGGGAAGGCCUUCAUUCAAGAGCGGAUGGGCAGCAGCAAUCUUUCGAUUUUGGUGCUGCUGCUGCUGCUGCUCUUCCGGCUGCUGCUGCUGCUCCUCCGGCUGCUGCUGCCUCUUCCCUCGCCAAGUCCUUAUUGCGUUUCCCUUCUUCACUGCAGCCCCAACAGGAAACCCAGUUUGAUUCAACUAGCAGCAGCAGCAGCAGCAAUAGCAAUAGAAGCAGCAGAUCUGCAACAAGGCAGCCCCGCCAACCGUUUUUGGAGCCUGCUGCUGCUGCCGCUUCUGCUGCUGGCUUUCCUCUUUUGAAGGAGCAGCAACAGCAACAGCACCAGCAGCAGCAGCAACAGCACCAGCAGCGUCUUAGUUUAUAUGCUCGUGUUGCGGAAAAGCAGCAAAGAGAGGAAGACAUUCAAUUUUCUCCUUUUGCUUCUUCUUUUGCUUCUACUUCUUCUCUGCCUUCUUCUUCUUCUUCCCCUUCUUCUUUUUCUGCUUUUCCUCCUUUGUCUUCCUCUUCUUCUCCUCCGUUUCCUUCUUAUCCGACUUAUUCGUUAUUCACGGGUCUCCCUUCUUCUUUUCAAUCAAUUUUCUCUGCUUCUGAAUCCCGUCCUUCUCCUGCUGCUGCUCCUGCUGCUGCUGCUCCUGCUGCUGAAGAUAGCGACCCGUUUUUGCUCUCGCUGAUUCAGGAUACACAGCAGCAGCGGCAGCAACAACAACAACAACAGAAGCUGCAGCAACAGCUGCAGAAGCAGCAACAGCAGCAGGAGCAGGAGCAGCAGCAGCAAGAGGAGAAUAUAUGGUGUCCUUUUUCUGCUGCUCCGGGCUUUCAGCGCCAGCCAAGAGAGUACUUCGGUGUUGACGUUGGAAUGCCGCAUGCAGAGAAAACAAAAAAGAAAGAAAUAUAUUUAAAUAGCGAUGACGAACAGAAAGAGAAAGAGAAAAAACAUCAAAAUAAAACGCCAAGCAAACAAGCAUAUGAACACACAAGGAUACAAACAACAGAAAAACGAACGGAAAACGAACCAAAAGAAAUAGAAGAAGAAGAAGAAGAAGAAGAAGAAGAAGAAGAAGAAGAAGAAGAAGAAGAAGAAGAAGAAGAACAAGAAGAAGAAGAAGAACAAGAACAAGAAGAAGAAGAAGAAGAAGAACAAGAACAAGGACAAGAAGAAGAAGAACAAGAAGAAGAAGAAGAAGAAGGGGAAGAGGAAGAACAAGAAGAAGAAGAAGGGGAAGAAGAACAACAACAAAAAGAAGAUGAAGAAGAAGAAAGGGAAGAAGAAAAGGAAGAAGAGAAAGACGAUUACUAUGAACAAAGGGAAGAGAAGCGUGAAGGAAAAAACCAAAACAGACGACACUGCAAAGAACAAACAGGAGGAAGAAAAAAGCCAAGGGGAGGAGAAAAAGCAAAGGAAGAAGAAAAACAAAAACAGCAAAAAGAAAAGGAAAAGGAAAAAGAAAGAGUUGCAAGAGAAAAAGAACAGCAUAAACAACAACAGAAACCAAAAGAAAAAGGAAAAGAAAAACUAAAGCAAAAAGAAAAAGAUGCAGAACAACAACAGCAACAACAACCGAAAACAAAAGAAAAACAAACCGAAAGGGGAAUAGAGAAAGACGAAGGAGAAAAAGAACUAAAAGAAAAACAAAAACAAAGACCAAGACAAAAACAAAAGCAAAAAGAAGAAAAACAAAAAGAUAAACAAAACGAAAAGGAGAAACAAAAUAAGCAAACUAAAGAAAAAGAUAAAACUAAAGAAAAAGACGGAAAAGUUAAGAAAGAAGAAGACAGAAAAGAUAAAAAGGAUAAAGAAUAUAAGACAGGUAAAAAGGAUAAAGCAGAUAAAGAGGUUAAGGAAGCUAAGAAAGAUAAGAAAGAUAAACAAGAUAAAAAGGAUAAAAAAGAUAAAAAGGCUAAAGACGAAGAUAAAGAAGAAGAUAAAGAAGAAGAUAAAGAAGAAGAUAAAGAAGAAGAAGGUAAAGAAGAAGAAGAUGAAGGAGGAGUAUAUGCAUGGUCUUCAUGGAGAGGCAUUAUUUCGUGCUUUUUCUUGUAA